UUGUUAUUGGAUGUUGGAGAUAUUAAAGAAGUAUUUUGCUGCAAAGUAGUUUUCGUUUUAAUUUUCUGAAUAUUAAUAAAUGUUAGUAUGUGUGCAUAAAUUUUUUUGUGUUUUAAUAUUUCGUUUGAACUGAAGUGUAGCAGUUUCGUCUGAAGCCGAUGGAGCAGGUGGACGCGGCAGAGAAGGAAGCGAGCGAAGUGCUCCACAAGCUGCUGUCUGUCGAGAGGAUCGAGAAGCCAAACUACAGCUCCAAAGACCACAAUCAGGUGAUGGUGGUGGUGACGUGCGCGGGCAGCAGCGCGCCCAGCGGCACGGACGCGCGGCAGAGCGCCGUGCAGUGGGCCACACAGCCCGUCACGCUGCACCACUCCCUGUUCGGGGCCAUGACGGGGGACGACUGCUCGGAGGACGAGGGUGGCGCCCGCAAGCGCUCCAGCUCGUCCGGCGACGAGGCGGGCGCGAGCGAGCCCAAGAAGCCAGCGCCGCGCGAGCGCGAGGCGUACGCGGACAUGAACCAGCUGGAGGACAACGUGCUGCAGGUGCGUGAGCGUCUGGCUCGUUGCUGCGAGUGCCAGGAGCAGAACUGCUUCAAGGGGCUGAACCCGGAGAGCGUGUACCGCCACCGCCUCAACAUCGCGGAGCUCACCAAGGAGGAGCACGACAUGUACCUGAUGGGAGUCACCAUGGCCGUGCUCACCAACCCCGAGCUGACCGUGCGUCACAAGGAGCGUCGCCGCCUGCGCUCCCAAUACGUGUUCCAGGGUCGGCGGGUGUGUCUGGAUGCCUUCCUGUACCUGGAGAACUGCACCCACUACCACCUGAAGCGCAUCAGGAAGCACGUGAUGACGCGCGGCGUGGUGCCCCGGGUGCACGGCAACCACGGCAAGAAGCCCCACAACACCUUCUCCCUGGACAUAUACCGCCACGCCACCAUGUUCCUCAAGCACUUCGUCAAGACGCACACCUCGGCAAGCGCGCUCCCGGCGGCCGACCAGCCCGCAGACAAGCAGAAGACCGUGUCCAAGACUCCUCCCUUGUACCUGCCCCCCGAAGUGACGCGCAAGACCAUCCACAACGCGUACCGGGAGUACUGCGAGCUGUUCGAGCCCACCAUCAAGGUGAUGGGCUACUCCACGUUUCGGCACUUCAUGAAGGAGCAGUUCCCACACGUCAAGUUCGCCAAGGUGGAGACGAGCAAGCCGAGUGCGGGCAAGGCGGGCGGGGAGGCGGAGCCCAGGGCGCAGGGCUCGGCCAGGGAGCCCGGGGACAGCGCGGAGGACUCUGAGGGGCCGGCCCCGCCCCGGGAGGAGGUGGACGUGAAGAUACGGUCGCUGCCCGUGGUGUUCUCCGAGGGGGCGGCGCCCCAGGACAAGCCGACCACGUUCAUCGUGGCGCCCGUGUCGCACGGCGGCGAGGGCUACCCCUUCCAGCUGGCAGGCCCCGCCCAGUGCUUCUCCCAGCCCGAGGUGGAGACCAUCACGGUCACUCCCGUCAUAGGCAACACGCUCACCGCUGCGUACAGCUUCACCGCCUUGUGAGCGGCCGGCUGUCGUCGCGAUAGGAGCACGGCAAGGAGGUUGUCGUGCUGGGACACGGUCGCCUGUGGAGUCCCCAAGCUUACAGCACACACGGACACACUCACUCCACACGUCUCCCAGUUCUUGCCAGUCCUCAGCGACUGGACGAGCGGCUGUCGUAGCUUCAGCUCAUCCUGCACUGCUCCAGCCGACACGCCUGGAUGCUGUGUGGUCCUGCAGCAUCUCUACCGACCGAUCCCGAGUAUCCUACAGCACGUGAGUGUGGUGAUUGUGCUUCCUAGUGUUAAUGCACGUAGCUCAGAGAUCAAUCCAUUAAUCAUGAAUUAUUGCUAUGUAUUUGAGGGUAGCUCAUAUAACUCGUACAUUUUACAUAAAUUUCAUAAGUUAAUAUUAUGAUAUUACAUCUCACAUAAUUGAAUAUUUUAUUUUGUUUCUCCCAACCAUAAAUGAUAAUUCUUCGUAAAUAACAUUUAUAUUAAUUGCUCUAUGCAAUAGUGCUUUGACUUUAUGAUGUAAAGUAAACAGACAAUCUGUUGAUUGGAAUUCUUUAUUGUAAGAAAAUUUUAUUAAUGGUAUAAGGUUUUAUGAUAUCAGAAGUGUAAGGAAAAUGAAUUACUAUUACCAAGACAUUGAGGUAAUGUAAUGAAAUAUUAUUCAAAAGUACUGACUACGUAAUUAAAGAUAAAUGCACAUCAAGAAAUUGUGAAAUACAAUCAUAGUUUGCUACGAUGUGAGAGAUGAAACUAGCUGGAACUCAAGUUAUGUUGAAGUUAGUCAUCUAUCUAUGCUUUAAGGAGUUGAGCUACAAAGACUUUUAAUUCAAAUUCGACGGGGAACUUCGAGAAGGAGGUGAUAAACUUUGAAUUACACCAAUUAAACUGCGUUCUACAAGAGAUGGUACUACAAAUGUCAUUGAAGAGAAGUCGCCGCGAUCAUCUGGAACCAGUCUGCAAUGCAAAGAACACGCCCGACGAGGACUGCUGCUGACGAUUCCACUUUCUUCCAUCGUGCUGCAGCUGUUUCAACUCAGCUUGUACUGCGACGCAUCUUCGUGUACGUGACGUUUGAACAGCAUCGAACAAAAUCAUCGAUAUAUCCUUUGAUUAAUUUAUUGUCCAAUUUUAUGUAUCAUCGAACGGUAUGUACACUCAAGUUAGUGUAUUGUGCAUGUAAAUGUUUACUUCGAAAGUGUUUAUGUAAUUUUGCGAUAUUCCAAAUUCCAUUUCCACACAUUGAUAUUAUUCCUUCCCAUAUUAAUUAAUAUUUACUUGUCUUGAACUAACUUAAAUUGUCUUGUUGAAUGCUUUGAUCAAUUUUAGUAUCAAUCUUCAGUUCAUUUCUGUACUAACUAAAAGCCUAUUAGAGUACCCUAGAGAGAAAUAGAUUAUUGCACUUGCUUUACUCACACUGAGCUUAGUCAGGAUAAUAUUGUUUGACUUAAUUAUAUGAUAUACGUAUAUCUAUUAACCUACUCACUCAUAUCACUAACUGAAACUGGCUAAUCUCCACCGAUGGAAAUCGGAUUAUCAAAUUAUAUAUUAGUAUAAUCUUAAAAAGGUUAUGUAAAUAAUCAUUUAUGGGUAGAGUCCCGAUUAUAUGGUGAAUCGCGAUAAAACUAAAUAACAUCGAAAAACACAUUAACGUGUGACAAAACACCGAAAAACACGAAAAUAGGCAACUUUCACUAGCUAUUAUUAUUUAUUUAACAUAAAUUUCUGGUUUCCGUAGCAUCAUUAUGGCUGGAAUCAACUCGGCAUGUUUUGAAUUCCAUUCUAGACCACUAGAAAAUGAAAUACAGGUUAUAUGUACAAUGUCCUGUUUUGUUUUGAUUCUUCACUUCAUAGAGUCCAUAGAUACAUACAAUGCAAAGACGUGAAACCUAGAUUAGGCGGAAAAAAUCUCGGAGCAUGUUCCAAUAAGGAUGCUAGUACUUUGCGACACUGAAACAGUACUCUAGCGUCUAGCCAUAGAGUUUUCACACAUUUUAAAAUACAUCUUUUUGAGUUGCUGUUUUUGUAUUGAGUAUUGUUGUAUAUUGCUGUUUCUUGUAAGUUAUAAAACACUGGUUUUAUUUAGUUUUGUAAAUAAAUGAUGGUUUUUAACUUUUACUAAAAAUAAAACCAAUAACACCGAAAUAUCAUAUUUUUAAAACAAAAUUGAUCAAAAAAUAACACCAUAAAAUCGGGACUCUAUUUAUGGGUUAAGAUCUUGCUGAUCGACUAUCACUAUGGUGCAGGAAAAUUUGAAUUCAUAUGUUUGUAAUGAAACCUGGCCAGAUAGUCGUUAUAAAUAUAGAUCUAACAAAGUUAAUAUUUAUAUUUCAUGGUAGAUUUGGCUGGACAGGUCAGAGAUAAUCAGUUUAUGAAGGUUAAUUGGCACCCUAGAAUAUGGAAGCAAUUUAUUACACUAUACUCAAAUCUUAAUAUUCACAGUACAUUUAAAUAUUACAUUAAACCGACCAAUUGUAAGUUAGAAGUAGGUGUUGGUUUCUAUGGGCUUUGACUUUUCAACUUUGAUACGAAUCGAUAGCAAAGUUGAAGUUUUGGUGUUACAUAGAAAGUAGCACUGCAAACGGAGUUCGAUAAUAUAAACAUAAUUUUUCGGAUGGAGAGCCUUAACAUACAUUGUAUGAAACUGUGUGUUUGUAUCCUUGAACAGUCAAAGUAAAGAUUUUGUCUCAUUUGAAAUAAUAAUGAUAAUAUUGACUAUUUUUCAUCUUUACUUUAUUUCAUGCUAUAUUAAU